AUGGCUAACAUGCUUCGAGCUAAUCAAGCUGCUAGGGCCAUUUAUAAGCCUAAAGGUCUAUUUGUUUAUGGUGAGUACAAUCGUUGUCUUUUAGCAAGUGUUAAUGCUUCCGAUAGCUGUCAGGCUUUUGCUCCUGGUGGUCCCAUCGGUAGUAUGGAAUCUUUCCUAUGUCAAUUUUGUCAUUGCCAUCAGAAUGUCCAUCGUAGGUUGGAUGUCAGCAAUCAUCAGCUUCCACCAACACCAACACAACAACAGUCUGUCACCCAAAGGGAUGUGAAGACAGAAGAAUCUUCAAAUAACAAAAAUGCUAAUCAUCUCGGUCAUAUUAAUGCACAAAUAUUUGACUCUCCAGGAGUUUCAAUUGCACUGGUGGAAUCCAUCAUGGCUACAACUACUCAAAAGUGGGCGCAUAGUAACAAAAAAGAUGGUGGGAAUAAGAGAAAAAAGUCAAGGGAUGAACAUGUUGUUGAAGAAUAUGAGAAGGAACAACCACAAAUACUGGCUAACCAACUAGAAUGGACUUUAAACAUUAGGUUAGAAAAUGGAAAGAAUAAGAAGAUCAAGAAGGAUGAAGAUGAGAAGCCAAAUGGUUUUGAGGUGUAUGUCAAAACCAAGAGCAAAGCUAUUAAAAAAUUACACCUUGCUCAAGCCGGAGAAUCAACAUCUUCUAACAAUCAUAAUUGUCCCAAUUAA